CUCAUUCCCAAGAGCAUCUUGAGGGAGAGAAAAGGAGGUUAUAGGACAGCAUUCUUUGUGGCAGGGCUUCAGUUCUUCCACAGCUCAGCAGACAAACUCCCAGGCUGCACUUACAGCUGCUUGCACAACUAUUUGCUCCUGCGCUGAUUGUUGUCCACUCUGAUUUGCUCCUGAAGCGUCCAAUUUUUUCUCCCGUCUGAGGAAGUCUGGAGCUCCGCACCUUGGUCACCACAAUGGAAUCAGCUACGAUGGAGCUGUCCCUGCUGUCCAAUCAAUCAUUAUCAGAGUCCUGUGCUGCAGUGGAGACGACAGCAGAGAACACUUUGUUUGGAUGCUUCUACAUCCUGGUUUUCUUCCUGGCGUUGAAUGGUAACAGCUUGGCCUUGUGGAUCUUCUGUCAUCAGCGUGGCGCUCCCUCUCCAGCUAAUGUCUUCUUGAUGCACCUGGCUGUGGCAGACUUGUCGUACGUGAUCAUCCUCCCGCUGAGGGCCACCUACCACCUCACUGGGGGCCACUGGCCCUUUGGUGAGGUGCCCUGCAGAGUGGUUGGCUUUUUGUUUUAUGUCAACAUGUAUGCUAGCCUGUACUUUCUGGCUUGUGUGGCUGCCGACCGCUACCUGGCUGUGGUCCAUGCUGUGAGGUCGCUGAAGGUUCGUCGUGCUCGCUACGCUCACAUCAUCAGCUUCUCUCUCUGGGCCCUGGUCACUGUCUCCAUGGCGCCAUUGCUUGUCACCCACCAGACUGCAGAGGUGGAUGGUGUGACGGUGUGUCUGCAGCUUUACAGAGAGAAUGCUUCUCGUAAUGCUCUCAUCUCAUUGGCUGUGGCCUUCACCCCACCUUUCUUAGUCAUCCUGUCCUGCUACCUGCUCAUCAUUCACAGCCUGCAUCAGGGCUCCAGGUUAGAGCCAGCCAUCAAGCUGAGGGCCCUGCGGACCAUCAGUCUGGUAAUCCUCAUCUAUGUGGUCUGUUUCCUGCCUUACCAUGUGAGCAGGGCCACCUUCAUCCUGGGAUACAGCCACCCUGACACUUCCUGUCAGACACGCAGAGGCCUGAGCUUGGCCAACCGCCUCACCUCGUGCCUCACGUGUCUGAACGGUGCUAUGGACCCACUGGUGUACGUGUUUGGGGCCAAGAAGUUCCGUGGAACUCUAACACAAAUGUUUUGCAAAGAUAGGUCAGGAGUGUCAGGAACCACCAGUGGAGAUUUAAAAGGAACACAUGAGAGCUCUGUGAGUGCCAAGUCAGAGUUCUGAGGGAUUUGAUCCGGAGCAGUGUGUGGACUCAAUGCUUUUCCAACACAACCAAAAUUGGUCUUAUUGUGGACAGACUGUUGCCUUUGCCCAAAUGAAGACUGUGGCUUAUUCUGUAAUGCAGUUGAUGUAACACAGUUUCCUCUAUAGCCUAAAUUUAAAGCCCUGUUCCAGUGUCCAUCCUGCGCCCAUUUUACUGAACCAUUACAAAUCUGAAAUCAUCUGUGAGAAUGCAGGAGGGAGUAAAGUCAUCAGGACUGAGACAGAGAUUUUUGAAAUCUAUCUAUACAUAACCUGACAUAGGCAUUGGCCAGGAAAGUGUGUUUAUCAUAUUUUAUAUUUGGGUAUCAAAACCCUCAAUCCAUGGAGAACUGAACACAGUCAAUAAUCAGAAACCGCCUUAAAACAUAUUAUCCUCCCACAGCCAUGUUCCCAGCACAGCCCACGUUCUGUCACUGAGUUAACAAGUUGCAAGUUCACCUUCUCAAGAAUAGAAGUGUUCUAGACCAGUGACUUAACUUUGUUUUCCUCUAGCAACAAAGCAUUUUAAUCAGGAUAUGGUUUGCUGUUUUCCACUUGGCUGACUGACUGGUUCUCCUUAGAGAUUCUGAAAAGUGUGAGGGAGAAGAUAAAAAAACUUUACUGGGAUGGUACUAAAAACCACAAAUAUAUCUUCCAAUGGAGAUCACAACUCCAAAGCAAACACCAGAAAAAUGUCAUGUAUGGACUUUGAAAUUAACUGCUUCAUCAUCAAUCACCAUAAAUCAAUAUAUUUCAAAGGAAGCACUGCACCAUGAGACAAAUAAGUACAAACAAGUUAUACUGUGUGAAUACUGUUUGUCUAUUCUUAUUGGUUCCAGCUCAUUCUGUGUUUUGUUUAAGUGCCUCCAAAAUCCAUUUUAUUUCUGUUUAAGUGUUAAAAAGUAAGUUAUAGGAUGUGAUAGCCCUGAACCUGCAUGCAUCACAGUCUGUGAUUAUGAACCUGGAUGCUGGAAAUCGGCCUUAACAUUAUUCUUCUGAUUCUGCUUUUGCUACCCGCCGCUGUCAUCCAUCAACAGUGAAGUUAGUCCAAAAAAGAGUCGAAUUUUAACCCAGAAAUACAAAAUUUGUACAUAGUCAACUUUUACUUCAUUUUUCAUGUUUUAUCCUCUGCCUAUACACAUUUAAUGUUUAAUGAUGUUUAUCUUCAGUGUCAGUCCACUUUUUAGUCCACCAACAACUUUUAUAUAGAUUGCCAUGAAAUUACAUCCAUGAUAUACAAGGAUUACCAUCAGUGCUUUAAUUUGGGACCAAAUACUUGCAAAAACUUUUAGUUUAGUACUAAUUAGCAAUUGUGAGCAUGGUAAUGUGUCAAACUAAGACAGUGUACAUUGUAAACAUUAUACGUGAUAAACAUAAGAAUGUCAGCUUCAGUGUUUCCAAUUAGUUACCUGGACUGUGGUGACCCGCUGUAUUCUUUUGAAUCCUGCCACAGUUUCAUAAUGAACCAAAAAAAUAUUUAAAUUGUCAUAAUAACACAAGAGAUUUCUUACUUGGUGUUUUGAUCUGUUGCUGUAUUGUAUAGCUGCACUAUUUGCCAUGUGCUCAUGCUAUUGGCCAUACUGUAUUUACCAUACAUACAGUUAGGCUUUCAGCUGAAGUUGUGGCAUGUAAUUAGGUUCUCAAUUAAGAACUUGUAUUUAAUUCUUUAGUCUGUGCACCUGUCACAUGGAAUCUUUUGUAUGUGAGAGUGACCUUUGUGCACAUGCAUGUGAACCCCUGUUUCCACCAUGGAUUGGGUGAAUUCUGUGUGAAAGCCUUGUCAUUGUUUGUAAGCAUGCUCAUGUUAGCAUUUAGCUCAAAUGCAGCCGUGCCCUCUUACAGCCUCAGAGCUGUUAGCUUGGCUGUAGACUCCACGGACUGAUUGUCAUUGUCCUGCCCAUUAUGUUUAAACAGCAAAUGUACUUGCAUCCAUCUGAGCACCCUUGGGUAUUAAUAUUGGUAUAAAAAGAACAAAAGUGUGGUCAGGUGUAUUACAAUCUUGAGGCCACUGGACACAACAAAAACAUGAAGUCAGUGUUAUUUAAAGGGUGCAUCAUCAGGAUGGUAAUGUAUGACUAAUGCAGAUAUACUCUUCUUUUUACACACUUUCACUUUGUUUUCAAGUUUCUGUUUCCUCUGAAGCUCUAGCUCUUACUAGCAAAGGUGCUGUUAAAGUAGAAAUCCACAAAGAUGUAAGUGCACCAAGCUUCUAAAGGCAAUGGGAGAUGGCACUCUCAUUAUUGCAUGUUAUGCCUCCAACAAACCCAUGCUUAUUUAAAAGAGUGAAAAGCUUUUACAAACCAUGGUUUUAGGUGCAGCAGCCUUUAUUCUACUGUUAAACUAGCAAAAGUGGAUUUGGAAUGAAUACAUUUAUGCCAUGAGCAACCAACGUUUUGCGCUUAUUACAAUAGAACCCUUAGUAUUGUUUUAAUAUAAGAAGUAUUUUAAAAUCCAAUCACAAAUUUAUGUGUAUAUAUUUUCCAUUGUUGUUUAAAUUGCUGGAAGACACCAGUAACAUGUUAACUUUGUUGUGCUUGACAAAUCUGGAUCAUAAAUAUAUUCUCCAUUAUCCUGCUUCCUAACUCCUAUAUGCAUUUAUUGUCUUGCCCUUGUUAUACUGUGAUAUUGUAAUGUCGCAUGACAAACUAAUAAUCCCUUUUUUACUGUGAAUCUGUUUAUUCAUCAUCUGCAAAUAAAUGUUUGCGACAGAAAUGUAAUUCAUGCAGACAGGAAAGAUGUGACAAAUUUUCUUUACAUCAAGUUAUAAAUAAUAAUUACUUUUUCAAAAUCGUGCCGAAGAAGAAAAACUACCACACAACCCUAACUGUAUGAAUGAUCCACAAGUUAACUUAUCGGAACUGACUCUCAUUUCAUUCUCUUCCUUUUUUUUAAAUCAAUUAUGUGUUUUUCAAUGCUGUAAUAUGCUGCAAUGUUUUUGUAAUGUGCUUUUACAUAAAAAA